CGAUUAACCGCGAGCUAGGAGUAACCGUGUGACUGCCAUCGCGCUAUGUCGGCAUCUCGUCGCGCCACUUCGUAUGUCUGAUCGUCGACGACAACGACAACGACGACGACAACGACGACGACGACGACGCUGACGCUGACGCUGACGCUAACGUUCGACCAUCGACGUCGCGCCGCAACAAGCGUCCCUCCACGCGCAAUUGUCAACGCGCGACGCUCGUCAUCGUCACCGCCGACAUUCAGUCCGGAUCACGCACGAGGAACUCCUGCGAGCUGCGAUCACCUCUUCCGUGCAUGCUGCCCGCGUACGUCACGGUCUCGACCUCUCGUCGACCGUUGUGUCCUCGACCCAGCCUGGUAUUAUUGCUCGAACAAAAGCAACUAUUGUGAUAUAUGGAUGAAACACGAAUCGCUAGAUGGUAGAGUGUGAAAGUUCGGACUGUACCAGGUCCAGAGAAAAAGCCAGUGAUUUGAGAGAAGAAAAGCGACAGUGUCCACCACGGCUUUCACCGAGAUGGUUGGAUUGGCGGGCGGGGGAAGUCACUUGUAUCCCUCGCCCCCCAUGCAACCAAAUCCUGAGUUGAGAGAAAUGACUGGAAUAGCACCCAGCGCUCCAACCAGCGCUGACGCCUGCUUAAGUAUUGUGCACUCGUUAAUGUGUCAUCGUCAAGGUGGUGAAAGUGAAGGUUUCAGCAAACGCGCAAUCGAAUCAUUAGUGAAGAAACUUAAAGAGAAGCGUGACGAAUUGGAUAGCUUAAUCACUGCAAUAACCACCAACGGCGCACAUCCAAGUAAAUGUGUCACUAUCCAAAGAACUCUGGAUGGUAGAUUACAAGUAGCAGGGCGCAAAGGUUUUCCUCAUGUGAUCUACGCUCGAAUUUGGAGAUGGCCGGAUUUGCAUAAGAACGAAUUGAAACACGUAAAAUACUGCCAGUUCGCUUUCGACUUGAAAUGCGACUCUGUAUGCGUGAAUCCCUAUCAUUAUGAGCGAGUGGUGUCCCCAGGCAUAGACCCGUUCUUUACAGACCUGUCCGGCCUGACUCUGCAAUCCAGCGUGGGUGUAGGACCUGGUGGCCGACUGGUCAAGGAUGAGUACACGGUCGGUGGUGGCGGCACCGCUGCUGCAGCAGCCGCAGCCGCGGUCGGAUCCGCGAUGGAUGUGGAUGGCGAGAUGAAUCAGACGAUUCAGCAUCAUCCACCGGCUCAACCAACCGCCUCGAACAAUGCUCAACAAGGCCAGCAAGGUUUUAUACCAGGCUUACCGCCUCCCAAUCCAGCCAGUACUGAGAGUAUGUUUAGUGCCGGUGGGGGCGGCAAUAAUGGUAAUCCCCACGCUAAACUGGACGACAAUAAUUGCCCCAGGCAAACUUGGAUUCCCACGCCUCAUCACUCGGCAGGCCGUAACAUGCAUCAUCCAGUAGUACAUCCAAUGAGUCACACCGUAGGUAGUCAACAACAAACGCUGAAUGCUACAUCGAGUGGAACGUCUGGCGCGCAGAUCCUGAGUCCUACACAGGGGCAAUCGACAGCUGAUACCUUCUACAGCACUACCACACCCCCACAAGACAUUAAUCAACCCCCGACAGUCGAUGCAUUAGCGGCUUCUCUAGGUGAAGGACAGAGCUCUCCUGUGUCACCUGUACACCUUCAUCAUCCAAACGGUUUUCCUGUAGGUACAGCAUCAUACAAUUCUGGAGCACCACAAUGGACUGGUGCCAAUACUCUCACAUAUACUCAAAGUAUGCAACCACCAGAUCCACGACAUCUUCAUACAACAUCAUAUUGGGGAAGUCAUGGAAAUGAUGUCAGUGGCAAUAUUGGAGGAUUACUUUCUACACAACCAGCUCCAGAAUAUUGGUGUUCUGUUGGUUAUUUUGAAUUAGAUAUCCAAGUCGGAGAAACGUUCAAAGUUAGUAGCGGUUGCCCUACGGUUACUGUGGAUGGUUAUGUUGAUCCAAGCGGUGGAAACAGAUUCUGCUUAGGUGCCUUGAGCAACGUACAUAGAACGGAACAGAGCGAACGAGCGCGUCUUCAUAUAGGAAAAGGUGUCGUCUUAGAUUUGAGAGGUGAAGGUGAUGUUUGGUUGAGAUGCCAGAGUGAACACAGCGUUUUUGUGCAGUCUUAUUAUCUGGAUAGAGAAGCAGGCCGAGCACCUGGUGACGCGGUACACAAAAUUUACCCAUCGGCAUAUAUUAAAGUCUUUGAUCUGAGGCAGUGUCAUAAGCAAAUGCGAGGCCAAGCCGCUACCGCUCAAGCUGCCGCAGCAGCACAAGCAGCAGCUGUCGCGGGCCAUCUCACACAUGGCGCACCUAUCACCAAAAGUCUUAGCGCGGCUGCGGGAAUUGGAGUCGAUGAUUUACGAAGACUUUGUAUCUUGCGUUUAAGUUUUGUUAAGGGAUGGGGUCCAGAUUAUCCGCGACAAAGCAUAAAAGAAACACCAUGUUGGAUUGAGGUACAUUUACAUAGAGCGCUUCAAUUGCUGGAUGAAGUAUUACAUACAAUGCCCAUUGACGGUCCACGAGCUCUCGAGUAAUUCCAUCGAUUUGAAUCAUGAGAUAUGCGAAAAGAGCAUCACGAGGUUGCUGCUGGAAUCGAGUGUGCAAGUGUAACAUACGUUGUUUGAACAUCAUACGAGUAAUUUUGGCUUGGAAAGUGCGAGUGGAGAAACCGGAUGGACCAAAUUUAUCAGACGGAAAUGAUCAAGCGAUUGAAACGCGAAAUUCGGCCAUACAGAGCUCGGGGAGAAGAGCUUGCGGAAGCUAUUUAUAUAUUUAACGACUCGUGAUAUAAUAAUCUGUGUAGAACAGGGGUUCCCAAACUCUCUCCAUUUUGCAUAAUUCCUAGAUAAAAUAUCCGUGUAUAUUUUAAAAUUGUAUACAUUAUACAUAUGCAUAUUUUUUUAUCAUAGAAUGUACAUAAUGUAGCGUUAUUGCUCAUUUCUAUUUUUUAUUUGUUAUAAUUUUUAUUAAACAAUCGAAGAGAAAAAGGGAAAGACCACUGCGAGUUAUUAAAUAUAAUGUAUAAAUAAUUUUGUUGUGACAUUUGAAGUUACAUGUCUGAUUCGUAAAUUAUUAUUAAAUAUUAUUAAAUUAGGAA